AUGACUGUUCUAUCUAUCUAUCUAUCUAUCUAUCUAUCUAUCUAUGUCCCUUCUAUCCCGCUAUGUACAUCCAUGCCUACCUUGUUAAUAUUUCUUUCUUUCUUUCUUUCUUUCUAUGACUGUUCUAUCUAUCUAUCUAUCUAUCUAUCUAUCUAUCUAUCUAUCUAUCUAUCUAUCUAUGUCCCUUCUAUCCCGCUAUGUACAUCCAUGCCUACCUUGUUAAUCUUUCUUUCUUUCUUUCUUUCUUUCUUUCUUUCUUUCUUUCUUUCUUUCUAUGACUGUUCUAUCUAUCUAUCUAUCUAUCUAAGUCCCUUCUAUCCCCCUAUCUAUCUAUCGCAUCCGCUUAUCUAUCUAUCUAUCUAUCUAUCUAUCUAUCUAUCUAUCAUACUGUCUUUAUUAUCUAUCUCUGUAAUAUUUAUCGACCAUCGUAUCCUUUCUUCAUAUCUUCAUCUUUCUUUCUCUUCCUUUUCGCAUCUAUCUAUCUAUCUAUCUAUCUAUCUAUCUAUCUAUCUAUCUAUCUAUCUAUCUAUCUAUCUCAUUCUGUUUAUCUAUCUAUCUAUCUAUCUCAUUCUGUUUAUCUAUCUAUCUAUCUAUCUAUCUCAUUCUGUUUAUCUAUCUCAUUCUGUUUAUCUAUCUAUCUAUCUCAUUUUGUUUAUCUAUCUAUCUAUCUAUCUAUCUAUCUAUCUAUCUAUCUAUCUAUCUAUCCCCACACCUCUUGAUCCUAUUCGCUUAACCCACAGCGAACAUCAGUAUCUAUCUAUCUAUCUAUCUAUCUAUCUAUCUUUUCUAUCUAUCUACCUAGCUACUAAUCUAUCUAUCUAUCUAUCUAUCUAUCUAUCUAUCUAUCUAUCUAUCUAUCUAUCUACUUCAUUCUUUUCACUUUUACAAUUUUCUUUUCUUUUUCUCCUUUCAUCGUUUUCAUUAUUUUCUUAUUUUACCCUUUCUUUUUUUUUUCUUACUUAUUUCCGUCCACCCCUCUCUCUUUUUCUUUCUUUCUCUUUUUCCUCCCUUUCUUUCUUUCGUUCUUUCUUUCUUUCUUUUUCUCUUCUUCAUUUUUUCUUACUUUCCUUCUUUCUUUCCUUCUUUCUUUUAUUCCUUCCUUCUUUCUUUCUUCCUUCCUCUUUUCUUCUUACAUUUUUAUCUCCUUCUUUCUUUCUUACAUUCCUACCCUCUUUCUUUUCUCGCCUUUCUUUUUUCUUUCUUUGUUUCUCUUUUUCCUUCCUUCUUUCUUUACUUUCGCUCCUUCCAUACUUUUCUUCCUUUUUCUCUCUUUUGUUUUUAGUUUCUCUUUUUCCUUGUUUCUUUCUUUUCUCUCCUUCCUUCUUUAUUCCUUCUUUCUUUUUUUCUUUGUUUCUCUUUCUUUCUUUUUUUUUUCCGAAAUGUAGGUCAUGCUACACUGGUUCAAAAGUUCGCUUCGUUUCUUCUUCCUACAUCCCUCUCACUCUUGUCGGUGUUGCUGUCAUUUGGUGCUGUGCUAUCGAUUUUUUGGCGCCAAGAAGUAUUCUCCCUUCCCGCCCAGCUCUUCAAACUGUUCCUUUCGCGCCUACCCACCCCAACUCCACACACUCACUUUCUUUUAUCCCAAUAUCCAUGGAUUUUUAUGCGUCUACGGUUGUGGCUGUCGGGGAGAAGCAGACACGCCUACAUUCAUCAUACCAGAGGGUCUCCUCUGAGGAGGAUUGUCAUCUUCUUACUAGCCCGUUUCCGCUCGGCGUCAGUAAUUCUUUUGUUCUCAAAUUUUUCAACACCAACAACAAUCAGAUUACUCCAAACGUCCCUGUCUGA